GCCGCCCUCGUGUCGCUCCUCCGCGCCCGCCCCGGGCCCCGGCUGCCUGUGGCCGCCCGCGCCACGCUCGCCACCCGCCUCCAGUCCACCGCCCCGCCGCCUUACGUGAUCAACGGCCAGGCGUUCCCACGUGACGCGCACUCGAACACGCCCCCCUCCAUCCUCGCCAAGACAGACCGCAGCCUCCACCUGCGCCCCGCCCACCCGAUCGCCAUCCUCCGCCGGAUCAUCGAGCGCCACUUUGCCGACUACACCCCCCUCGCGCCCGCCUCCCCCGCCGUGUCCGUGUGGCAGAACUUUGACCAGCUCGGCUUCCCCCCCGACCACCCGGGCCGCAGCCCGUCGGACAGCUACUACCUCAACAAAGACUACAUGCUGCGCACCCACACCAGCGCCCACGAGGUCGAGAGCUACCGCCGCGGCCUCGACAGGUGGCUGCUCAGCGCAGACGUGUACAGGCGGGACGAGAUCGACGGCUCGCACUACCCCGUCUUCCACCAGAUGGAGGGCACGCACGUCUGGCCGGUCUCCGAGCUCCAUACGCUGCCCGCGCUCAACGCCCAGCUCGAGGCGUCCCUCGCAGCGUGCCCGAUCCUCAUCGAGGACACCACCCGGAUCUCGCCCUCCAACCCGUACCAACCCACCCACGACCCCGUCCACGCGGCCGAAAUCACGAAACACCUCAAGCACUCGCUCAACGGCCUCAUCUUCCGUCUUUUCGGCCACGUGGCCGCCCAAAGGCAGGGCGGAGGAGCGCCAAAGGAACCCCUCCGCGUCCGCUGGAUCGAGGCGUAUUUCCCGUUCACCUCGCCGAGCUACGAAGUCGAAGUCUGGUGGGAGGGCGAAUGGCUCGAACUGCUGGGGUGCGGCGUCGUCAUGCAGAAGACACUGGACGAAGCCGGCGUGCCCGACAAGGCAGGCUGGGCAUUCGGACUCGGCCUCGAACGGCUGUCCAUGGUCCUCUUCUCCAUCCCUGAUAUCCGUCUGUUCUGGACAACCGACCAGCGCUUCCACUCGCAGUUUUCACAGGACCAGAUCACGACGUUUGUACCGUACAGUCGCUACCCCGAAUGCUAUAAAGACAUGAGCUUUUGGCUGCCCGUGGGGUCCGUCGGAGUCGCCGGGAGCGAGGGCGAAACUAAAACAGGUAGCGGCAGUGCUGCAGCAGGAGUGAGCGCAGCCGGGGGGAAGGGAAGAGUGUUCCACGAGAAUGAUUAUUUUGAAAUCGUCCGAGAAGUCGCAGGCGAUCUCGUCGAGACCGUCUCCCUUAUCGACGAAUUCACCCACCCGAAAACCAACCGCCAAUCCCGAUGCUACCGACUCAACUACAGGCACAUGGACAGGUCGUUAUCAAACGAGGAAGUGAAUGUGUUGCAGCAAGAGGUGCAGAAGAGGGUGGUGGAGGAGAUGGGGAUUGAGAUGCGGUAGGGCGUGGGCCGGGCGGAGAAGCAGAAUGGGGGAUGGGGAUUUUAGAUUUUCUAUUUGCAUCCAAAGAGGCCAUCUAGGCAUCUUCCAACAUUAUACAUCUAUGCACGACUCAAUUUCAGUCC